AUGUAUAAUCAAGGCAACUGGGAAGACGUAAAAAGUACAAUAGCAGAGAUAGUAAAAAAAAAUAGGAAUGAUGUGAUUUUAAUAGGUGGAGAUUUUAAUAUAAGAAUUGGAGAACUAAGUAUAGAAGAAGAGGCUUUAGAGUUAGGUAGGAAAAGUAAGGAUAAGACAAUAGGCAAUAAUGGGAGAGAUCUCGUAGAGUUUAUAAAUAACAUAGGUGGCUAUAUAUGGAACGGAACGUUUGAAGGUGACAGGGAAGGAGAAUAUACUUACAUUGGUGCUAGAAGUAAUACGGUUAUAGGCUAUGUUAUUACAUGUGAAAAUUGUAUUGAUAGGAUAAUAAGUUUUAGUGUAGUGGAUAGAGUGGACUCGGAUCACAUGUCUCUGACAGUGAAGUUGGACUCAGAAGAGGAACUGAUGGAGGAGGAUCUACAAGAUAUAGAAGAAAGGAGGACAAAAACUCUAUGGGACUUGGAAUCGAGACACCUGUACGAGGAAAAAACUGAGGUAGCAGAAUGGACGGAAAAUUUGGAAAAUGACUCAGCGGAAGAAAUCUGGAAAAAAUUAAAGAAGACGAUUCUGGAGGCGAUGGUGAAAAAAGAAAUAAGAUUGAAGAGAAGAAAAAUAGGAUAUAAGGAAUGGUGGAACAAGAGCUGUUCCAGGGAAAAGAGAAAAGCUCACAGAGCUCUGAAAAGCUGGAAGAAAGGUAAAAUUACGAGGGAAGUUUACCUGGAGUGUAAGGGCAAUUUAAAAGAGUUCCUGGAUAAUAGAUAUGCUAUUUGGAAAGAAGAAGAAGAACUGGAGCUGAGAAACCUGAGGAAUGCAGCUGAAGUAUGGAAAAGAGGUAAUGAAGUUACUCCUGAAGAGGAUGAGAUAGAAGAAGGAAAUGAGAAAGAGGAGGGGGUGCUGAUCAACGAAGAGUUAAUUGGAAGAGCAAUUGACAAACUGAAAAAUAAGAAGGCACCAGGAUUAGAUGGAAUUUCUAUGGAGGCAUGGAAAUACGGAGGUGCUGCUAUUAGGAAAGGGCUGACGGUAUUAAUAAAGAAGAUCUGGCUAGGAGAUAGUAUUCCAGAAGAUUGGAAGGCAAUCUCCCUGGAGGAGGAAUCAAUGGAGCUGAAGGCGCUGCCGGAGAGUCAAGGUAAUUUUAGGGAAGGAAGAGGAACGAUGGAGAACAUCUUUAUUUUGAAUCAUGUGGUACAAAGAGAGAAACUAAAGGAGGAUAAGAAGGUGUUCGCUUUAUUCGUGGACUUGAAAGCGGCUUUUGAUAAUAUAAAAAGGAAAGAAUUAUGGAACAUCCUAGAAGAAAUUGAUAUAAAGAAGCAAACAACUAGAAGACUGAAGAAGGUUUAUGAAGAGACGAAGGCGGUAGUGAAAACAGAAGGAAUUCUACAUGUUCAAAGGAGUUAG